UUCAUAACAACUUUUAUUUAUAUUGUUUUCAAUAACUUCAAUACUCAACACUAGAAACCACCGAAAAAUUAUGAUAACUUUGACGGCACAGUCCUAUCGUUUUCUACUGUUUUCUUCAGUGCUGCUAACGAGCUCAUGGAUAACGGUAUCGGAGGUCAUACCCCACUCGCCAUAUGUUGUUCCCCAUUGGCUCCAACCGGUAGGCUUUUCCUAUGCAUUUGUGCCGUCGCACAAAUACGCGGCCAAUGUUGUCUCGGUUAGCGAAUUGUUGCGUUUGGUCGACCAGAUGGCCGCUUCGUCGGCCAAUUUCGAUGCCGUGGCCAACGAAAGCACCGAAAAGGCUCGGCUGGCUUCGAAAAUAAUGGCCGAUUCGGCCCGCGAAAUUAAAUCGCUGGUCAAACGUAGCGAAGAGUUGGCCAGCGCUAUGGCGUCGGCGUCGCGCGAUAUGGCCGACGCCGUGCGCGUACUUGGCGAGCGGACACGUAUACGCGGACGCGAGUUGACAACAUUAGCCCAUAAUGUUGCGGCUGCUGGUCGGUCAGUGGCCACCAAUGCCCAGUGUCCGAAAGCUAGUGGUAGUGGUGGUGGUGGUGGCAAUAACAACAACAAAAAAAGCAAAUAAUUGUGUCAUUUUCAGCCGAUUACCCGAUUUUUUUUAGUGGCCGAUAACAAAAACAAAUUUAAUUGUCAAAUAUUUUUUGCCGAUUAUGAUAAAUCAGUAGAUAAUUAGUGAUAG